AUUAGAACAAGCAGUAGUCGUCGUCGUCGUAGUUUGUUGUAGGAGCACGUCGUACGCGCCGCGCGUGCAGGUGAAGUGAUUUUGAAGCGCGCUCCAAUCCACUGGCUCCAGCUCAGCGCCGCCAUCUUCUCUGCCAGGCCUCCUACCUCUCCCCCAUUUCCAGACGGGACAUCGAUCGCUCCAACCUGAGACAUGAUGAAGACUCCCCCCUCUCUAAAUCUCCGGGUCAAACGCAAAAACGUUCGGCAAAAGAAAAGACAUCCCUGUCUGAACAGAGCCGUCGGUCAGGACUCCCGGGGAGCACUGUGGAGCAUUCAGCCAGCAAGCCAGCAACUGGUGUAUUACGCCAGGGUGGGCAUGCCUCAAACUACAGUCAUCCAGCGGCAGGAAAUGGCAGCGUACUUCAGACUUUUUGCUGAUGACCUGAUUCAAGACUUUCUGAGGAUGGACUGUUGCUAUAAAAUGACGGACAAGUACCUUCUGGCCAUCACCUUUGUGUACUUCAAAAGGGCCUGCUUCACGAUUGCUGAAUACACCAGAAAGAAUUUUUUCAUUGCACUAUAUCUUGCCAACACCAUGGAGGAGGACGAGGAGGAGUGCAAGUAUGAAAUUUUUCCCUGGGCUCUGGGAAAGAACUGGAGGAAGCAGUUUCCCCGCUUCCUCAAACAGCGAGACAAGCUGUGGGCGCGCAUCGAGUACAGAGCUGCUGUCAGCAGGCGCUGCUGUGAAGAGGUAAUGGCCAUUGUGUCCUCUCACUUCUUGUGGCAGCGUCAGCGGCCUGAUCACCACAGCGGCGCCCAGCGGCAGUACGGUGGUCACAACCAAACCCGAUACCCCCGUGGGCCCGCUGCCACCCCAGCCUCCUGCGCCCUCUGUAACCGUGGCAACACAUCGCAAAAUAGCCCACGCUCUUUUUCCCCCUUCAGAGGCUCAUCUGUGCAGACCCUAGACAACGGAUAUCAUCACCCUUUCACCGCCGCACUGAGUUUGGAGAUCACCCCGCCUAGGGUCGCAGCCUCUCACAGGAAAGCAGCGGAGAAUAAAAGUCAGGCACAGCAUUCUUGCUGUUUCUGUCCUGAGGAGGUCCCCAGAGUUGAUUCUUCCUGCGAGUCCUCAUACGACACCUUGAUGGACUGGAUCAGUGAGGAGUAGAGCAUCACAGCCCUUCAGCAGUCACAGCACUUUCCACUCUUUAUCAACCUUAAAGUCGUACAAAUUCACACUUCUCUCCAUGGAUUUAUGCAGUAUUUUUCAUCACAUGUACCAACCUCAUGAGAUCAGUGGGAACGAUGAGCUUCAGUCAUUCACUACAUCUUGCCAUGAUGGAAGCUAUAAAAUUGAUGUUGUUUAUAAGCUGCCGGUUUGUGUCCAUGUGCCAAAACACUAUUACUGUAGAGGGUAGUUUAACCAAUAGAGUUCUUAUAUUUAUCUAUUUAUUUAUUUAAUUUAUUUAAUGUUUUUGUGCUACUGUUUCUCCACAGGUGUUACACGGAUUUGUCAGUAUAAAUGAAUUUGGGAAAAUGUCUUCAGCCUUCUGUUACAUGCAAGGGCUCCACUGGACGUGUUAUUAGUUUUGUUACCACUGUGCCUGUUUUAAUGAUCCAACACUGCCUCUUGAGUUUGGAACACAAGCCUUGGAAUUGAAUUUGGCGCUUUGACAUUUUUAUUAAACCCUCAGUGCAAUUAAUUUAGCUCAAUGAGCUUUGGUUUGCCGAUAUGUGGACAAAUUAGUGCGUGGCAUGUCUUAUUUUCAGCACCAUAACACAACAUUACGCUAAUCUUGACCCUGAUGUAACCAAAUCUGCCAAGAUAUUUGUCAGUUCCAGGACUCUUAAUUAAAAUACACCACUGGGUAUUUUAAAA